UACGAUAAAAUAUACAUGACCUUGGUUUCCAGAUGGCAUGUAUAUAUUGUUGUCCCUAUUAUAAAAGUCGGCGCUUUAUCUCUUUAGACAUUUCAACAUAAAUUUCGACAAAGUGAAAAUGAAAGUCGCAGUGUGUUUUCUUGCCUUUGUAAUUGGUUGUGCAUAUGCCAACUUGUGUUCAGACUCGAACCCAUGUGACACAAGUAUAACAACUUGCAGUGAUGGAUUGACAUUGACAUGUAUGGAUAUAGGAUCUACGGAUGGCAACCAUUGUGUAUGUGCUGGUAACGCCGGAGGACAUAUGUGCCAGGACGCUGGUGACUGUCACAAUGGUGGUCAUCAUUGUAACCAUGGUCACUGGGGCUGCGUUAACGGUCACUGUCAUUGUACGGGACAUAACGGCGGCGGCGGCGGCGGGCCAGGUGGCAAAUAAACAUUUCAGUUACUAUAAAUAAAAUGUUUGACACUUAAUAAUAAACUUAAUAUACAGUCAUAAA